UUAUCAUGUUUUUGUGUUUGCGCCACCAUGAGGUAGGGAGGCUAUUCAUUCACAAGUGCAUUCAUCGCUUUCAUUACAAAACUUGUUUGCCGGAGUCUAGUCUAUGGUCUGCGGGAGCCGCCAUAUUGUCAUCCCUGAAGAAACGAGAGCCGCCGCAGCAUUCUCCUGGUCAUGUCUGGUCCGGUCACCAGCCGAUCCCGGGUCUACCCCGACGUCAACACACAGAGGCCGCGCGAGUACUGGGACUAUGAGUCACACGUGGUGGAGUGGGGGAAUCAGGAUGACUACCAGCUGGUGCGAAAGCUCGGCCGAGGCAAAUACAGUGAGGUGUUUGAGGCAAUCAACAUCACAAACAAUGAGAAAGUCGUCGUCAAAAUACUAAAGCCAGUAAAGAAGAAGAAAAUCAAGCGAGAAAUUAAAAUUCUAGAAAACCUGCGAGGAGGUCCCAACAUCAUCACGCUUUUAGACAUCGUCAAGGACCCCGUGUCUCGGACGCCAGCUCUGGUUUUUGAACAUGUUAACAACACAGACUUCAAGCAAUUGUAUCAAACGCUAUCGGACUACGACAUACGGUUUUACAUGUACGAGAUAUUAAAGGCCUUGGACUAUUGCCACAGUAUGGGAAUCAUGCACAGAGAUGUUAAGCCACACAACGUCAUGAUUGACCAUGAACACAGAAAGCUCCGCCUGAUAGACUGGGGUCUUGCAGAGUUCUACCACCCAAGCCAGGAGUACAACGUGCGAGUGGCUUCCCGAUACUUCAAGGGACCGGAGCUACUGGUAGACUACCAGAUGUAUGACUACAGUUUAGACAUGUGGAGCUUAGGAUGCAUGCUGGCCAGUAUGAUCUUCAGGAAAGAGCCCUUUUUCCACGGCCACGACAACUAUGACCAGCUUGUACGAAUCGCAAAAGUCCUGGGCACAGAAGACUUGUAUGACUACAUUGACAAGUACAACAUUGAAUUAGACCCUCGGUUUAAUGACAUAUUGGGCAGACAUUCUCGGAAGAGGUGGGAGCGCUUUGUGCACAGUGAGAACCAGCAUCUGGUGAGCACAGAGGCCUUGGAUUUCCUGGACAAGCUGCUGCGCUACGACCACCAGGCACGCCUCACAGCCCGAGAGGCCAUGGAGCACCCCUACUUCUAUCCCAUAGUGAAAGACCAGGCAAGGAUGGGCUCCACAUCAGGACUGUCAACAGGCUCCACCCCCGUCAGCUCGUCCAGUAUGAUGACUGGCAUCACGUCCAUGUCCUCCUCCCAGCAGCCGUUGGGCAACAUGGCUGGCUCGCCGGUCAUCUCGUCCCCCAGCGCUCUGGCCACGCAGGUUCCCGCGGCAACAGGGGCGCAGCCCUGAGCCGCUGUCUCAGUGCUGCUGCCGUCAAACCCCGCCCCCCCUCAAACGACCCGGCCCCCCCUCCCCUGGCCACAUUUUUAUGUCGAGUAUACCGAACCAAGAGAAGAGAACAGACACAAUUAGGUUCCUUUUUUUGUUUUCUUUUUUCCAUACAAUAAUUAUAUAUUGAAAUUCGGGCGCUAAAAAGCAGAAGAUAUGACGUUGCUUUUGUGUCCGGAUUGAAAAAGUGUAGCUGCGUUCUUUGAUGACAGUGUCUAGAAAUGCAACUACAAUGUAGAAAAUGAAAAAUGGAUAAUAAAAUUUAUUUUAUAUGUCCCUAAA